AUGCAAGCGCGGGACAAGGAUUACCUGCGCCGCACGUUCAUGGGCGCCGGCCGCCGCAGCAGCGCCGAGAGCGGGGCCUGCGGCGCCAGCCCCCGCGCGGGCGGCGGCGCGGCGGCGGUCCUCAGCCCCCGCUUCACGUGCGGCGCCGCCGGCGCCGGCGGCUCCGCCGGCGGCGGUGCCGGCGGGGACGCGGCGCUGCUGCUCUCGCCGGUCGCCGAGUGCGGGCCGGCGCCGAUCCGGCAGAUCAGCGGGUGGAUCUUCGACCCAGAUCUGGUCGUGGAGAUGAGGAUCGCCGCGGCGUCGCCCUCCUCGCCGCGGGACGGCGCCGCCUGCGGCGGCGGCGGCGCCCACCACCAUCAAGGACUCCAUGUUUCAAAGGGCGGCGGCGGCGGCGGUGCUCCGGCGGCGGCCGCGCACCAUCCCGCGCGGAUCAGCGAGGAGGGGCCCGGCGGCGGCUGCGACGAGGGCGACGGCGCGCAGGGCGGCGGCCGCGCGAGCGGGGACGGCGGCGCGGGGGGAGCGAGCGCGCGGGCGGGCGGGUCGCCGCGCGGCCUUCGGGCGCGGAGGCGGAGCGAGGAGGCGCUGCGCGGGCCGGCGGCGGCAAGCCACACUUACCUGCGGCCGCGGCUCUCGGGCCAGCUGGAGACUCCUAGGCAAAGCGGCGGCGACGCUGCCGCGGAGCUGGCCGCCGCCGGCGGCGACGGCAGCUUCAUAGCAAUGGCGAUGUCAGCGCUCGGGCGGCUGCGGCUGGGCCGGUCGCGCUCGAGCCAGCCGGGCAGCCCCAGAGCCAGCAGCAACGGCUCGUGGGCGUGCGCGGCGGCCCCGGAGACCGAGAGCGACCGCGCGCCGCUGCCGCCCGCCCGGCUCGGCCGCGGCGGCGGCUGCGGCGACGACGAAGCUGAAGAUGCGUGCCAGCCGCUGGAGACGCGUGCGCUCGCGGCCGCGACCGCGGGCGAGGACGGCGAUUCGUGUGGCGCCGCAUGCGCCUCUGCCCCCAUCGGCCCCCAUGAGCCGCAGCGAAGGCAGGCGUCGGAAGCCGGCGCGCCCUGCCCCGUCGCGGCGGCGGCGCCGCUGAGCGCGCGCAGGGGCAGCCAGGGCAGCCAACCGUCGUUCACGUCGUCCGCGGCGCCGUCGCCGCGGACAGUGGCGGCCGUCUUUGCGGAGCUCCCGGGUUUGCGGCUGCUGCGCGGCAGGAGCGGCGGGAGCGCCGGCGCCGGCCAGCAGUAG